AUGUCAAUGACAAAACAUUCAAAUGUUAUGAAGAAUAAUUUCCAGCAAUUAAAGUUGCCUUUUGAAAAAUUCUCCGAGAAAUGGGCAAAGCUGAAGAGCACAGCACAUGAAAAAAAGCACAAGCAACGAGCAGCACAUAUUCCGAUGGUUUUGCUUUUUGCGUUCGCGAAUGUAAAAGAGGCAGAUGAAGAAGAAAAAAAUCCUAUUAAUGUUAAUGUUGAUACGAAAGCUUCGGAAAUAAAAGAAAACAUGAGGAAAUAUACGUAA